AUGGCGCAAGAGUCAAAUCCAGGAGGAUCGACGAUCAUCUUAAUCUUAAACCAAGCUGAUCAACUCACUCAAGAAUUCAAAAAAAUUUAUAAUGAAUCGAUCAAUUUCGUUCAAGGUUUAAAAUCAACUGAACAACAAUUCGAAAACCUAAACAAUUUAAACCAAAGACAAUCACAAUCAUCAAUACUUCCAUCACCAUCCAACAUCGUCGAAAGAACCUUCAACAAACUAAACCAAACCAAAGUUGAAUUCACCAUGAAGAUCAUCGAAUCAUUAAACCUCUUGGAAUCAAUCAUCGAUCGAUUAUCUCAACUGUUAUAUUCGAUUGAUAUAGAAAUGAUUCAAAUCGAAUCGUCUAACGGAUUCGAUCCUAAGAACGCAGUAGAUCAUUUGAACUUAACCUUUGAUGCUUAUCAAGCUGAAUUGGUUUCGAAACGUCAAGUGUUUUCGAGUUUUAAUUCUGAGGAGAUUUCUUUGGAUGAGUUUUUGUUUAGGUGGAUGAGAACGGAUGAAUUGAGUUUGCUUAAUAAAGAAACGAUGGAUGAUUUAAGUGAUUGUUUAAAGGGUUGGUCUACUUGA